UGGCGAGUCAGGGCCGCGGCGGCGGCGUCCACGCUGCGGCCGCGCUUGCUUGCAGCCCUCAGCCCCGCGCCCCGGCCCCGCGCCGCCAUGGGCAAGAAGCACAAGAAGCACAAGACCGAGUGGCGCUCGUCCUACGAGGAUUAUGCAGACAAGCCUUUGGAGAAGCCCCUGAAGCUGGUUCUCAAGGUUGGAGGAAGUGAAGUGACUGAGCUGUCGGGGUCUGGGCACGACUCCAGUUAUUACGAUGACAGGUCAGACCACGAGCGAGAGCGGCACAAGGAAAAGAAGAAGAAGAAGAAGAAGAAAUCCGAGAAGGAGAAGCACCUUGACGACGAAGAAAGAAGGAAAAGAAAGGAAGAGAAGAAGCGGAAACGGGAAAAGGAGCAUGGCGACUCGGAGGGAGAGGCCGACGACUUUGAUCCCGGCAAGAAGGUGGAGGUGGAGCCGCCCCCCGACAGGCCCGUGCGAGCGUGCCGGACACAGCCAGCCGAGAACGAGAGCACACCGAUUCAGCAGUUACUAGAGCAUUUUCUCCGCCAGCUCCAGAGAAAAGAUCCUCAUGGAUUUUUUGCUUUUCCUGUCACGGAUGCAAUUGCUCCCGGAUACUCCAUGAUAAUAAAACAUCCCAUGGACUUUGGUACAAUGAAAGACAAGAUUGUAGCCAACGAAUACAAAUCAGUCACAGAAUUUAAGGCGGAUUUCAAACUGAUGUGUGAUAACGCGAUGACCUACAACAGACCAGACACCGUGUACUACAAGUUAGCUAAGAAGAUCCUUCACGCAGGCUUUAAGAUGAUGAGCAAAGAGCGGCUGUUAGCUCUGAAGCGCAGCAUGUCGUUUAUGCAGGACAUGGAUUUUUCUCAGCAGGCAGCUCUUCUGGGCAACGAAGACACAGCUGUUGAGGAGCCCGUUCCUGAAGCGGCACCUGUACAAGUAGAAACUGCCAAGAAAUCCAAAAGGCCGAGUAGAGAAGUUAUCAGCUGCACGUUUGAGCCGGAAGGAAAUGCCUGCAGCCUGACUGACAGCACGGCAGAGGAGCACGUGCUGGCCUUGGUGGAGCACGCAGCUGACGAGGCUCGGGACAGGAUCAGCCGGCUCCUCCCAGGGGGCAAGAUGGGCUAUCUGAAGAAGGACAGUGACGGCAGCUUGCUCUACAGCGUGGUCAACACGGCCGAGCCGGAUGCCGACGAGGAGGAGACCCACCCUGUGGACCUGAGCUCGCUCUCCAGCAAGCUGCUCCCCGGCUUUACCACACUGGGCUUCAAGGAUGAGAGAAGGGGCAAAGUCACUUUUCUCUCCAGCACCACCACCGCGCUUUCAAUGCACAGCAAUUCCGUGUUCGGCGACUUAAAGUCGGAGGAGAUAGACCUGCUGUAUUCCGCCUACGGGGAUGAGACGGGUGUGCAGUGUGCGCUGAGCCUGCAGGAGUUCGUGAAGGAUGCUGGGAGCUACAGCAAGAAGAUGGUGGACGACCUCCUGGACCAGAUCACCGGCGGGGACCACUCGCGGAUGCUGUUCCAGCUGAGGCAGAGGAGAAAUGUUCCCGUGAAGCCUCCAGAGGAAGCGAAGGCUGGGGACUCGCUGGGCGACAGCAACUCCGUCCUGGACUUCAUGUCGACAAAGUCCUACUCGGACGCCUCCCUGGACAUCUCCAUGCUUGGUUCUCUAGGGAAAGUGAGGAAGGAGCCUGACGCAGACGACAGCCACCUGAACCUGGAUGAGACGGCGAAGCUCCUGCAGGACCUGCACGAGGCACAGGCAGAGCGCGGGGGCUCCCGGCCGUCCUCCAACCUCAGCUCCCUGUCCAACACCUCCCCCUCCGAUAGGGACCAGCACCACCUGGGAAGCCCUUCUCGCCUCAGCGUCGGGGAGCAGCCAGAGGUGACCCACGACCCAUACGAAUUUCUUCAGUCUCCGGAACCUGCAGCCUCUGCAAAGAGCUAGCCUUGUGGAUAGACUUCCGUUAGUUUUUAUUUUUUUCUUUGUGUGUACGGAGUUUUUGUCGUGAGACAGAGACUUUCGUCUUGUCCCCUCUGGCGUGCGGGAAGCAGCCCCGGGAGGUGGGGAGGUGUCUCUGGCAUCAUGUCAGCCACACGCGGAUCCCGUGUUUCUGUGGGUCGCCCCGUGAAUGCUGGACAGUGGACAGCACACAUACAGGUGUGUGACCGGGCGGGGUCGAGCCGUUGUGCUUUGUCUCUUGAGCUUUGAGGGGUCUGUAAAGCUCCUCCCUGUGGCCGGCCGGGACACGCUGUCCUGCCCCAGCAUCCUUCCCGAGCACCCCUCGGGAGGCAAGAGAUGCCCACGCUGGGGGUCCCGUGUGCUGUUUGCCCUGCCCGCCCUCCCCGUCGUCCCCACAUUCCCGAAGCAGGUCGUGGUGGGGCUGCAACCCUCCUGGCCUGGGACAGGCUCUGUGCUGGGCGAGGCCUGCCUUCUGCCGGAAGCUGACACUGCCCCCUGGCGACAGUGGUGUGCUGUGUCCGUAGACUUUUUUAAUCUGGAUGUGUUUACUGGAUGCCUGUUUACAUUUGCAAAACGUAGAGAUCUCAAUAAAAUACAGAGCGAUUGCACGUAAUUGUUUGCAGCCC